CUGUUGACCGUACAGCUCACUGAGAGGAGAGGCGACGCUUUGACGCUCUGAACAGCACUCAGGAUGGUUCACAUGAUGGAGGGAUCAUCUCUUAAAUCUCCGCUCAGAAGCUUCAAUGUGUUGGUUUUCCUUCUUCUCACACACUUUGAUGAAGGUCAGUCUCAGGCCAUGGCUCCAUCUCAACUCGUUGUAUCGAUGGUUGGUGGAGACGCUGUGUUGCCGUGCCAUCUGGAAGCUGGUUUAGAUGCUGCUCAGGUGACGGUGGAGUGGGGGAGGCCGGAUCUGGAGCCCAGAUUUGUGUAUAUUUGGCACAACGGGAAGGAAAUUACAACUAACCAAAACACAGCCUACAAGGGAAGAGUGUCGAUGUCCAUCGACGAACUGAAACAAGGCAACGGUUCCCUGAAGCUCACCCAGCUGAAAAUGUCUGAUAAUGGAAGAUACAGAUGCUACAUUCCCAAACAGAAUAAAGAGUAUUUUGUGGAGCUCCUUGUUGGUUCUGUCUCAUCACCUGGACCAUGCAGGACCUCAACCAUCACUUUAGCAGGAUUUGAUAGAACCCACGGCUCAGUGGAGUUACAGUGUGAGUCUGCAGGCUGGUAUCCACAGCCUGAGGUGUUGUGGCUGGACGGUGAUGGAAACCUCCUCUCUGCUGGACCUACAGAGACAGUCAGAGGUCCUGAUGACCUCUAUACUGUCAGCAGAAAAGUGACUGUGGAGAAGAAACACAGCAACAAGUUCACCUGCAGAGUCCAGCAGAAAAACAUCAACCAGAGCAGAGAGACAUGGAUCCAUGUUCCAGAUGAUUUCUUCAAGGUCUCCUCUAGCUGUGCUGCUUCUGUCGCCUUUAGUGUGAUUUUUGGCCUCAUGUUGGUUCUUACAGUUGCAUUUUUUAUCUGGAAAUGGAAGCAAAACAAAAUCCAAAUGAAACAUCCAAACGAAGAGGGACAACAGCUGAUGACAGAAAUCAAUAAAAUAGAAAAACUGGACAAGAAAAAGGCAAAACUACAUGAGGAGUGCAUGAAGAAUGAGGAAGAACAGAAAAAUGUCACACAGACGAUUGAAGCUCUGCACAAAAUUACAGACAAACUGGCAAAGCAGAAAGAAAAACUCACAUCCCAACAUCAGGAGGCAGAUGAGAAAUUUGAGGAACAAGAGAAGAAAAUGAAGUUACUGGAUGAAGAAGUGAUGAAGAAGGAGGGAAAUCAGACAGCAAACAGAGCACAGGGAUACUUUACACUAAAGAACAUCAUGAUUGAAGUCAAAGGGAACCUGGAGGACAGAAAGAAAGAUGAUGAUAAAAUUCUGGACGUGAACACAGAGAGUAUAAAGAAGACUGCAUAUGAUGAGGUUGAAAAACUGACAGAAAAGAAGCAGAAACUAGAGAUCAGCAUGAAGCAAAUGAAACAACAACUAGAGGAGAUGGAGAAUCAAAAGAAAGCACUUCAGAGCAAACUACAGUCAGACAAAUGAAGGAAAGUGACAGGAUCAUAUCUCAUCUCUUCAGUCAUGUUAUUGUGAGAAAAUACAGAAACACAAUUAGAGUUUAUGUCUCUGAUCUCUUUUUAGACACAAUAUUUAGAAUAUGAUUCAUAAAGAUAGAUAGAUAGAUAGAUAGAUAGAUAGAUAGAUAGAUAGAUAGAUAGAUAGAUAGAUAGAUAGAUUUGGAUCAUGUAGAUUUACAUGACUGAAUGUUUUUGUUAGUUUCAUGUUGUUAUACUGGUUGAUUAUCUUUAGAAUUUCACAUAAAAAUCAGGGUAACACAUUUGUACUGUAAACAUGUUUUAUGGCUUUUAUUUUUUGUGUCUGAACAUAUCAGUGUGCACUGAAUUAUGUAUUAUUUUUUACCUUUUGUUCUACUAGAGCUUAGGUGAGACCACAUCUUUUCACCACACAUUUGGCUUAAAUAAUGUUUAAAGCUUUACCGUUUUUGUGCCUAAUCACACACUUUAUUUUCUUAACAUUCACAAUAUGUAAAUGACUAUAAACCUAAAUAAAGGGGAGGAUUAAUGAUCUGUUGUUUUUAAAUAGGGAUAAUCAGGCCUUAAAGUUAAUAAAAUGUGGCUCUUAUUUUCUUUUUGGUUUACCACUAAACACAUUUUUAAGUAUGGAAUUUUGACACUCAGCCAAAACUCAGCCAAAACUCAUGCUUUGGCUACAUUAUUUACACUAAAUGCAUGAUGUUUUUUUUUAAAAAAUUAUUAUAUCUCAGUGUUUCUGACAGUGAGAAUUUACUUGUGAUAUGACCAAUGUGUCUGCAGAGGAUGAGAGCUUCAUCCUGGUUGUUAAGCACCUUGUGAUUUUAGGUUUUUUAGAUUUUAAAACGGGCUGCACAGUGUCGUAGUGGUUAGCACUUUCACCUUGCAGCAAGAAGAUCCCUGGUUCAAAUCCCGGCCUGGGAUCUUUCUGCAUGGAGUUUGCAUGUUCUCCCUGUGCAUGCGUGGGUUUUCUCUGGGUACUCCGGCUUCCUCCCACAGUCCAAAAAUAUGCUGAGGUUAAUUGGUGACUCUAAAUUGUCCGCAGGUGUGAAUAAGAAUGUGAUUGUGUGUCUGUAUAUGUAGCCCUGUGACAGACUGGUGACCUGUCCAGGGUGUCCCCUGCCUUCACCCGAGUCAGCUGGGAUAGAUUCCAGCACCCCCCACGACCCUCGUGAGGAUAAAGCGGUGUGUAGAGAAUGGAUGGAUGGAUGAAUUUUAAAACAAUUGUCAUUUUAAUUACCAGUUUACUUGAAAUCAUAUCUUUCUAUUCAUCAAAGCUAACCAAAAAAAAGAAAUAAAGAAAAAAAAGGGAAAAAAAAUCUGAUUGUGGAUCGCUCUUGAUGACUGGAAUCCAAAAUGGUCAAACUUUGGUUUCCUUCUUCCAUUUGAUGAAUUUUUUCAAUAAGAUGAUGAAGCUCUUUAGUAAAAGUUAAACAUGAGCACUUUACCACAUAAUUUUGUGGUUAAGGUUGUUUAGAGUUGCUUUGUGUGUUUCUGGGAUUUCUGUCUUCUGUUCAAAAUUUGUAUUCUGUUUUCUUAUCAAAAUGUGUUUUUAAUAUUUUUAUUGGACAUCUUUCCGGACAGUCUCUCUCAUGACCAAGAAUAUCUGCUGCAUCUAAUGUUAAUGACUGCAAGAAAAAUGAUAACAAUAUGUUGGCUGAAACCUGAGCCACCGACAAUUACACAGUGGACACAAAAAACUAGACAAGUUUUCUUGAUGGAACAGCUGACAGCACAACUGCAACUAAAAACCCCUGUUUUUGAGAGGAAGUGGGGCCCAAUGAUAGAAUUCCUGUCGUAGGACUCAACCUAUGCCUGUAUUUUCUCUUUCUUCAUUUUGUAUCUGAUUUUGUAUUUGGUAUGAUGCCCAGUCUCAGGACAAUGUUAAUGUUUUUGUUUAUUUCAUUGCCCUGUUAUAUGGCAAUAAAGUUCUAAAAAAAAAAGUGUUUGUUUUUCAUUAAAUUGAAAAAAAAAACGUUUUGAUUUUCAGAAUGUUUUCUUUGUGAUAAAAUAUGUCUGUGUGUAUUUAGACACUUUAAACUGUUGGUUUGAUAUUUUUUAAGAUAUUAAAUAAUAACAAAAGUUUCCAUAACCAUGUGAAGACUAUUUACAUUUAUCGCGGCAGUCUUGAGCUUUCAAUGCCUACUGUAACUCCAAAUUUCUGUGAUGGAAUUAUUGAAAUGUCUCUUUCUUACAAAAUAUAUGAAAAUAAACCAAAUUAUGUGUU